UCAGUACACGCAACACAGUACACACAUAGACAUAAUAUACAGUGAGAAAAGAUCUUCUAAAGAUUUAGUUUUGUUUCAAACGCAAAAUGCCAUUUUGUUCUUCCUUGAGCGGCCAUUUUAAUGACCUUACAAAACUCGUAUCACAAUUUCCAUUUAAGCUCCACUACUUGAGAUAUUUAAUGAAUGAAAAAAUAACAUGAUAAGAAAAAGACUCCUGGUAAUGACACUUACGACUCCUUGUAAAUCUCGCAUGGUUUAUGGACAAUAAUAAAUCUGCAAAUAGAAGCAAAUUCACAAGUCGUAAACAAUCUUACGCAUUGGGCAAUACCUUGUUUCAUUAUGGUACAUAUUGGCGGAUGCUAAAACAUACAUGUGUUUAUGUGCAAAAAGUGACACAUAGCUUGAUAGAAUGUAGCAUUUAGAUUACCCUAAGUCUUGUGUAUGAAAUUCUGGUGGACUUGAAGUUUGUGAACACGACCUUGUCUUUUGUGGUCCUUAUGCGCAGGAAUCUUAGGAAUGUUGCUUAGAACAAUCUUCACUCUAAAGAGGAGUGUGAAUUUGGGUUUCCUAUUGGUAAUGAGAAGAUCUGUUUCAGUUUCAAGCAUAGCUGCAGUGGAUGUGGCUGCUAAAGAUGGGGAACUCAGGGUCUUUGUAGUUGCAGGAGAGGUUUCUGGGGACACUAUUGGUUCCCGUCUCAUGGCUUCUAUGAGAAAGCUCUCUCCAUUUCCUGUCCAUUUUGCUGGUGUGGGUGGGUCCAUGAUGUCCGACCAGGGGUUAAAAUCUCUGUUCCCAAUGGAAGAUAUUGCGGUAAUGGGGAUCUGGGAGGUGUUGCCGCAUUUGAACAAGUUCAGAGUUAAGUUGAAGGAAACAGCAUAGGCGGCCCUUUUCUUCUGGCCUCACGUUGUGGUUACUGUGGAUUCCAAGGGGUUCUCCUUUCGUCUCCUAAAGCAGCUGCACGGAAAUUGGGGAAACACUUUUUGCAGCUAAAUACAGUCAGCAGGGAUUGGUUAGUCCUCCACACUUUCACUAUGUAGCGCCGUCUUUUUGGGCAUGGAAAGGGGGUGAAGCAAGGCUCAAAGGGCUAUCUGAAUUCGUGGAUCAUGUCUUGUGCAUACUACCUUUCGAGGCAGAAGUUUGCAGAUUGAAUGGACUAGCUGCGACCUUUGUAGGCCACCCCAUACUUGAAGAUGUUUUGGAGUUGAAUUUGGUACUUCUGCAAUGUUCUGACAUCACAAUUAUUGAUGUUCGUUAAUUCGGUUCCUAUAUUACGAGAUCAGGAUCGUGCAGUCAUUUAACUUGCUUUUUAAUGUUAAUAUCCGUCCUGUUGACAU